AGGUGCAGAAAAAAGCGGCUACUGCGCGAUGUAAACAACCAACUGCUGGCGCUGCGUAGAAAAAAAUUCCCAGGCUUGUCCGCCGCGAAAAGCGCACUCGUCCGGCGUUGUCCCUUGUUGGAGGCUAUGUCGAUGCGAGCGGCGUGCGUCUGAAAAGCGCGUGAACGUGCGAAAACCGGCGUCCGAUAGCAUUAUCCAGCCGUGCUGUCGUCCGAUGAUACGGCGUGCGGACAAUGGCACUUGAGCCAGUGGUCGAACAAUGCUUUCCCCUGGCCGACGUGGCCUCGAUCGUGCGACUCUUCAGACAGCAGCUAGAGACGCCGGAGCCAGACUUGGCGCUGCUGUCCAUCGUCGUGGGUGCCGUCGAGAACUCGCUGACGUGUAGCCGUCCGGCCUCGUUCGACGAGGUUGAGCUGCCGCCGUCGGACACUGUCCGGCUGCCGCCGCUCGAGCUGCACAUCGCCGAGGCGCUGCACACCAAGUUCCACGCCAUCCUCAAAGGUUCGGUAGACCUGACACUUUACGAAAAGCGCUUUGCGUCCAGGGAGCUCAUCAAGAAGGUGUCCGACGUCAUCUGGAAUUCCCUGACGCGCAGACACUACAAUGAAAGGGCACACCUGCAGAGUAUCUACAGCUACCUGACAGGCAACAAACUCGACUGCUUCGGUGUCGCAUUUGCUGUUGUGGCAGGAUGCCAGGCGCUCGGCUUCAAGGACGUGCACCUGGCUCUCUCGGAAGACCACGCGUGGGUCACCUUUGGAGAGCCGGGAAAACAGCAAACAGCGGAAGUCACUUGGCACGGCAAGGGUAACGAGGACAAACGGGGACAGUUGGUGGUGGAGGAUGGCUCAGGGUGGCUCUACCUGAAGGGAAACGCUGUCAAGUGCACCAGGCACAUGGAGGUCGUGGCUCUGGUGUCGUCCAUCAAUCCGAGUCUGAAUCUCACGAAUGACGCCAUCGAGGUCGCCAUUCUGCAGCAGGAACUGCUCUGGCUGCUCUAUGACAUGGGCCACAUGAAGAAAUACCCCAUGGCACUCGGCAAUUUAGGGGACCUCGAAGAGUUGUUUCCCACUCCGGGCCGGGCUUCCUGUGCUUCCCUGUUCAAAGAAGCGAUUACGUCGGCCAGGAGCUACUACAAGAACCACCACGUCUACCCAUACACGUACCAGGGAGGCUACUACUACAGGCACAACAUGUACAAAGAGGCAUUUGAAAGUUGGGCUAACGCAGCAGACGUGAUCCAAUUAUACAACUACAACCGUGAUGACGAGGAGAUCUACAAAGAGUUCCUUGAGAUUGCCAACGAGUUGAUUCCAUACGCCAUCAAGGUGGAAAGCUCGGGCAUCAGCGCGCACUCAAUCCUGAAGGACCCGGAGUGCUUCGCCUCGCUGCUCCGCUUCUACGACGGAAUUUGCCGCUGGGAGGAGGGCAGUGCCACUCCUGUUUUGCACAUUGGCUGGGCCAAGCCACUCGUUAAUGCCAUUUCUAAGUUUGAUGCGUCGGUAAGGGCCCAGGUGGACAUCAGCCUGGCCGAAGAGGAUCUGGGCUCUGAUCGCUCCAAGUACCUGAACAACAAUAACGAGAUCGAGGCGCAGCUGAGCGGCCUGGCCGCGGCGCAGACGGCCACGCACCCAAGCAUCGCAGCCCUGACGGAGGCGUGCAGCGAGACGCUGCUGAACCCAAGCUACCUGCUGCGUGGCGUCGGAAACCCGUUCGUGGACAACGCGUCUCCGCUGCCGACCACGCCGGUGCCGGACGAGGAGCAGCAGCGGCCCAGCCUGCGUCUGCACUCGCGCAAGAUGGCCGGCCUGAAGGAGGUGCUGCUGGCCGAGAAGCUCAACACAAGCGCUAUUUCACUGCAACUGACGGCCCAGUCGCAGGUGCAGAUCGGCGGCCGCAAGACCAGGGCCGCUGAACCGGUGGCCGCUGUCGAGCAGAAUGACACUCCCAAAGCUAAGAAGGCCAAGAGCAGAGAGUAAGGAGUUGACGCGCCGCCGCCGGAAAGUGAUACCUAAAUAGUUUUCUUUUUUCUUGUGCUGGAAAUUUUUGCCCUUGUUAAAUUGCCACGAUUUUGCUAGGAAGGAUCCUUCAGUCAGUUGACGUCAUGUGACAUAUUUAUUAAUUAAUUACUGGCCAAAAUUUGGUGGCUAGAUUGGUUUUAACUUUACUUUGGAAACCGCGAAUUUGAUAUCAAAAAGGAAACUCAGGAUUCCAUGUUUUAGUUUAACGAGAAAUCAUUGAUUUUGAAUCUUGUUUUGUUCAAACAGUUCAGAAAUAUCAGUAGGGAAGGUUUUUGAUUUGACGGAUUGUGCGAGUUUCGGGCUUAGAUUUAAAAUCGAACUCAAAUUUUGAUGUCGGUUUUCGUUCAACCGUGAUAUUUUUUCCGCUGUGUGAAGUUAGCCACUCGUCCCAGCCAGUAGAAUGCUUUUAGCCACUAGAGGGAGCCAACAUAUUGGGAUAUUGGACGAUACUUUCUAUGCCCAGAGAAUCGGUUGUCUGCAACAACCAGUGAAUAAAUUUAUCAUAAUUUUAUUGAAAAAAAAAGCUAAGAUGGGUCCAUCAGAAUUUCCAACGCGAUUCUGUGAAUGAUCACAUUAACUACAAUUCCUGUGAGUUUCAUGAACUUUUAUGGUGUAAAAUCUAGCCAUUAGAUGUUAAUGAUGUCAUUGUGUAUGAUUCAUGUUAGUGUCAAGAACUUUUAUCUUCUAGAAUUCUCAAAUUCAAAAUCUGGCCAUUUAUUUUGAAAUUCAUUGUAUUUUUUUAAUAGCUGAAAUGGGACCAUUUGACUUCCAAAUGCGAUUCUCUUUCGGACCACAUUAACUACAUUGAUUUCUGUGAGUUUUAAGAACUUUUGUCGUCUAGAAUUUUGAAAUGAAUAUCACGCUAUAUGUUUUACUUUAAUUUUUUAGAAUUUUGUUUAAAAAAACAGAUGGGUCCAUCUGAAUUUCCAACGCGAUGCUGCUUAUGACCAUAUUAACUAUUAGUUUCAAGAACUUUUGUAGUCUGGAGUGUUUUAAAUUAAUAUUGAGCUAUAUGAGCUUGAAAUCUUUGGAAUUUUUAAUAAAAACUUAUGGGUUCAUCUGAAUUUCCAAUUUAUCCAAAUAAAAUUCCAAAGAUUUCUAAAAUAUAGCUCAAUAUUCAAUUUAAAAACUCUGGACGAUUAAAGUUUUUGUAACUCACAGCAAUCAUUGAUAAUGUCAUCAUAAAGAGAAUCACGUGGGGAAUUCCGACGGACCCAUCUCAGUUUUUUUUAUUAAAAUAAUAUUCCAAAGAUUUCCAAAAUAUAUAGCUUGAUAUUCAUUUUAAAAUUUUUAGACAAUAUAAGUUGUUGAAACUCACCGGAAUCAUAGUUGAGGUCAUCUUAAAAAGAAUCGCGUUGGAAAUUCAAAUGGAUCCAUCUCAGUUUUUUUUUUAAAUCUAAAGAUUUCAAAAUUAAUUUCCAAAUUCGAAUUUUAGAAAUCUAUACUAUAAAAGUUCUUGAAACUAACAGGAAUCAUAGGAAAUGUCAUCAUAAAAAGAAUCGCGUUGGAUAUUCAGAGAGACCCAUCUCAGUUUUUUUUACAAUAUAUUUCAAGGAUUUAAAAAAAUAACUUUUGAAUUUGAAAGUUCUAGACAGUAAAAGUUUUUGAAACUCUCUGGAAUCAUAGUUAAUGUGAUCAUUAACAGUAUCGCGUUGGAAAUUCGGAUCUUAGUUUAUUGAAAAUAUACAAUUCCAAAAAUUUCCAAACAAAUAGCAGGCUUUUGUUUUAAAUUCAACAUCUUAGCUUUUUGUUGUUGUUUAAUUUAUUCAUGGGUUGUUUGGAACAAUACAAUAUCUGGGUAUCGAUAAGAACGAGCAAUAUCCUGAUAUUUUGGCUCCCUCUAGUGGCUAGAGGCUAAAAGGAUUCUAUUGGCUGGACGAGUGGAUAACUUCACAUUGCUGCAAAAAGUUCAUAAUAGUAGCAUUUUUUAAAGUGCCUAUCGAUUUAUGAGGGUCGAAUUAAGCUAAGUGAAUCAUUUGGUCGAAAAUUCGACAAGCCAAAAUUCGCCGGAAACGUAUAAACAGUUACCUUGGUGGUUUUUGGUCUGAGCCUAGCAAAAGGUGCCAGGAGAACGCCGGCGACCAAUUAGUUCUCUGAUUGGCAACGCUGGCCGAGGAUCCAGACGGCAGCGCCAUAUGGACAGUCCGCGUAAGCUAACAGGUCACUAACUUGUCGCGUGACUUGAUUCUGCUGGCCCUCACUGUGGCGCUGAUGUCUCGAUCUUUGGCCAUCGCUAUGUCCAAUCCAACAAUCUUCUCUGAUUGAUCGGCGGCAUUGGUGUGGCACAAUUUUUGCUGGGUUGAGAUUUAACGCCAAAUACCGAUUUUUGGCACGUUGUGUCGAAUUGUGGACCAAUUAAUUGGUUUCAUGACCUAAUUUGACUCCCAGGAAUCGAUCGGCACUGUCAAAAAUUAAAAUCCUGUGCUACGUACUCGAUUGGUUCCAGAUAACAUUAUUUUCAAAUAUUACAAAACUGACUUCCAGGUCGCGUGAACCUAUUUCGGUAACUGGGGAAUUUUUUGAAAUUUCUCGAUGAAAAAACCAUAUUGAUUAAUCUUAUCAAAUAUUGUCUCUAAUCCUAGUUUCACAGCAAAAGCUGUAUUUGAAAUCGAAUUAGCAUUUUUUUUGGUAAAUUUUUAAUUCUCGUAAAUCGUCAAAUUGAAAUUUUACCAAUUUUUUUCAUGAUUCAUUUGGCGAAAGCUUACAUGAAUUGAAUUAUUUUGAUUGUUUCACCAAAAACUAAAACAUCAAAUCCAUGGAAUUUCCUUGUGAGAUGUUUCCUGUCUAGUGCAACUCAACGUUUUGUCAUAGGACUCACUUUUUAAUUAAUAAAAGCUUACGUAAUCUCGAAUCUUAUAGUAAGAAGCUAACUUUCUCUUUUAUAGUUUUUUUUUAUUUGCAGUUCUCCACGUUUUUGUUGUUAUUUUCCUGCUAUUUUGUUAAUUUUUGUGUAGUUUCAAUUUCUUGUUGGCCUUUUCAGUUUGUCACCGCAAAGGCAGGGCCUGCAAAAGUUUUUAUUUGAAGUCCAUGGCAAUCGUGUAUACUAGCAAAAAAUUUUACUGGUCGAACAUUUUUUGCAAUGUCUCGUAACACGCAAUUAAAAAUAGAUAUUGUCAACCGCGUUAUCCGUAGUCUGCGGACUAAAAUUUGUGUGCUAACGAAUACAAAAUGAAAAAAAAACGCAACUGUAACUUGCGCAAGGCUAUUCACCCGCAACGUAUAAGACUCAAAAAUGGCGCAAAAUUGCUGAAUAAAACAUAUAAUAUAUUUUUGUCAGAGCCUCGGGUUAACUUGAAACAAACCGUGCGUGUGGAAAAAUCCGCUGGAUGAAUAUUUGAGAUUUAAGCAUUCCUAUAAUGUAAUCUUAAGGUUGUAGCAAAGAAUGAACUGCUGAAAUAAUUGUGAUGAAAGAAAUAUUUUUUGAAUCCUUGUUGGCAUACUUGAGUCGAGAACCUGAUAUUGGGGAGACACUUGAAUCAUAAUGCGUUGUUGACACACUACAGCCGAGUGGAGCGGACAAAAUUUUUUGAGUCUCUUUUGAGCUCGUGGACACGUUUUUCCUUCAUUGAGUAUCAGCAGAAACGGUGGCACGGAUGCGAAGAUAUACUUAAGAGGAAAUCUCUAAUUGUACGCUUAAAAAUUCCUAUUUAAAUACUUUGUUAUUAUCUCUACUCUAGAUUAAUUCGUUGAAUGUGAGUGAAAAGAAAUUUAAUUUUCAAAAGGGUAGCAAAAAAUAAAUAGGGAUGCAAGUUGCUGGCAUAAUGACUCAAAAAAGCAGGCCCGAGGCUCAAAAGAUGUUUCAGGCAAAUCUCUUCUUCCUUUUAAAAAAAAGCCAAACUGAGGCGCUGACGGGCGCCCUUAAACAAUGUUAAUGAAUAUAAUGUGUAAUAGUGUCACUUGUGAAGUGUCCCUUGUACCCUUAUCCUGACAAGGGAAACCCUGGCUUCGUUCCGCUCUGACACGCAAAUUUAUCCUCAUUGUGAUGUUUACAUGAACCACCUGUCCAAAGUUUCCAAUCUAGCAUUAUUUUCAAGUUACAGAACAGACAAAUUUUCCAUGAAAAUCUUUGAAAAUUAAUGCGGAAAUACCAUUUUUGAUCAAUCGUGAAGAUUUCGGUACAUAGAUUCCGCUUGACGAGACAAAUCGACCGAUAGUUCACUUUUUACUUUCCAAUGUUACCACAUAUUCUAAAAGCUGAAAAAUUUGUUAUAUUUGUCAUAUUGAAAAUAAUAUUUUAUUUGUUUAGGACUCCUCAAUUGGUUCCAUUUGUAAAAUUCAGGAUUUUGUCAGAUUGAUCGAUUCGUCUCAUACAAAAUUUCGUCAUGUUUAGACAAAAAUUCUUAUUUUAAAGAAUCAAAAUAAAAAUCUCCAUAAACCGCCAUUGUAAAUUUGUAACUCGGAAAUGAUGCUAGUUAAAAAAUGAUAUUGGUCAUUUUCUUCUAACUUGUUGAAAGUGUUCAGUCAAGUUUCAGGCAAAAAAAUUGCAUUUUAGAGCGGAACGUAGCCAGGGUUGCCUUGUGAGUAGUAGCAUAUCCUCUCGCAAUUAACAAAUCAACUGUGCAACAGAGUUAGCAAACGGAGGUUGGAAAUAGUUAAAUGAUAUGAAAUCAUGUAGACCAGGUAGAUUAUUGAUCACCUAUGUCAUAGUUAUUUUUUCUCUAGGUUUCUACGAUUUUCCACGAUAUUUUUUUGAGUCAAAAUCUAAUUUUGUUUCUCUCAUCUUGUCUUGUUCCAUUAAAGCAACAAAAUGAAAAUUU